GUUAUCACAUCCGGGGGCUUCGGGUGACGUCGGGUCGCAACGGCGCUGCAUUGAGCCGAACACAACACAACACAACACAACACAACACAACCAACAACAACAACAACAACAACAACAACAACAGCACAACAACACAACAGGACGGACUGCGCAACGUUUCCACCGAAGAACGGCUCAUGACACCGUCGUAGAAGCGCGAGCUUGCGUUGCAACGAUGGAGAAACCUCCCUUCAGGCAGAACCAGAGCUGCGGAGACUGGGAGCUGAAAGAGAGGCUGGGCAUGGGAGGUUUUGCCCAUGUUUACCUCUACCAACAUCACGAAACGACUGAAAAACUAGCUGUGAAAAUGUGCCGUCUAGAGCUCACACCGAGGAAUAAGGACAGAUGGGGCAGAGAAAUCCAGAUCAUGAAAAAGUUAAAUCAUAUCAACGUUGUGACAGCCCGAGAUGUUCCAGAGGACAUUUUGAGCAUAGCCUUAAAUGAUCUUCCACUGUUGGCCAUGGAGUACUGCUCCAGGGGAGACCUGAGGAAGAUGCUGAGCAAACCUGAAAACUGCUGCGGUUUGAAAGAGAGUGAAGUGCUUUCAUUACUCAAUGAUGUCGGAUCUGGUAUCCAGUAUCUGCACGAAAACAAGAUCAUACACCGAGACCUUAAACCUGAAAACAUAGUGCUGCAGGAUAUCAACGGAAAGCUGGUUCACAAAAUCAUUGACUUGGGCUACGCUAAAGAUCUGGACCAGGGCAGUCUGUGCACCUCCUUCGUUGGCACGCUUCAGUACCUGGCUCCUGAACUGUUUGAGAACAAGCCAUACACUGUUACUGUGGACUACUGGAGCUUUGGCACCAUGGUGUUUGAAUGCAGCUGCGGUUUCCGUCCGUUCCUGCACAACCUUCAACCCGUGCAGUGGGCCAGCAAAGUGAGGAAUAAAGGUCCAAAAGACAUCAUGGCUGUAGAGGAACAGAACGGAGAAGUCAAGUUCUCCACACACCUCCCCUACCCCAACAAUCUCAGCAGGACGCUGUCGGAGCCGAUGGAGUCACUGCUCCAGCUGAUGCUGAAGUGGGAUCCUGUCCAGAGAGGAGGCAAAAUCAGCCCAGACACCAAGAAACCAAAGUGCUUUGAAGCGCUGGAGCAGAUACUGAGUAUGAAGGUGGUUCACAUCCUGAACAUGACCACGGCUCAGGUUCACUCUUUCCAGCUGACCACGGACGAAAGUCUCCACAGUCUGCAGAAACGCAUCGAGGCCGAAACCAAGAUCGAAGUGGUGAACCAGGAGCUGCUGCAGGAGACGGGAGUGUCCCUGGACCCCAGGAAGCCCGCUGCGCAGUGUGUCCUAGACGGAGUGAGAGGGUGGGAUAGCUACAUCGUCUACCUGUUUGACAAGAGCAUCAACACGUACUCUGGUCCCUUCAGUGCCAGACAACUGCCUGACAAAGUCAACACUAUAGUGCAAGAGGCCAAGAUACAGAUGCCCCUGGUUGUGUUGAAGAAGGUUUGGGGUGAAGCAGUGAGCUACAUCUGUGGCCUGAAGGAGGACUACAGCAGGCUGUUCCAAGGACAGAGGGCUGCUAUGUUGAGUCUCCUGCGCUACAACACCAACCUGACCAGGUGUAAGAACAGCAUGUUUGGCUUCUCUCAGCAGCUGAAGGCCAAGCUGGACUUCUUCAAGAGCAGCAUCCAGUACGACCUGGAAAAAUACAGCGAUCAGAUGCACUACGGCAUAUCCUCUGAAAAGAUGCUGAAAGCGUGGCAGGAGAACGAGGAAAGAGCUGCUGCGUUUGCACAGGUGGCAGAGGUGAGCCACUUGGACGAUGAGAUCAUGGCUCUGCACUCUGAGAUAGUGGAACUUCAGAGGAGCCCGUACGCUCGACGCCAAGGAGACAAAAUGGAGCAGCUAGAGGAAAAAGCGAUUGAGCUCUACAAGCAGCUGAAGAUGAAAUGCAAAACUCCUGACGUAGAUGUGAGCAGUGACAGCUCCGAGAUGGUGAAGGCCAUCAUUCAGACGGUCCAGAACCAAGACAAGGUCCUCAAGGAUCUGUACACCCACCUCAGUAAGAUCCUGAUCAGCAAACAGAAGAUCAUUGACUUGUUUCCACGAAUUGAGAAAACUUUGGAGAGUAUCAAGGAUGCAGACAACACAGUGAUGCAGAUGCAGAUAAAGAGACAAAGAGAGUUCUGGCAUUUACUGAAGAUCGCCUGUGCCCAAAACAUGUCAAGGAACUCGAUAGCAGCGAGUCCGGAGUCGUCCAACCUGCUGCAGGUUUCUCAGUGGUCGCAGUCGGCACAACCUGUCAGCUCCCCUCACCCCCUAACCUCCCUACCUGGGCCCAAUGACAGUGACGCUGCACCGCGUCUGCUGCAGGAGAACCAGAAGUACCUCAGUCAGCUGACCAGCCUGAUGCAGGAGGCUGCGGACGAACAGACCAAAAGCAUAGUGGACCAAGACUGGAGCUGGACGAAAUACGAAACUUUAACAACAAAAUUAAAAAAGAGAAAUGCGUGAGCGGCGUCCUGCGUCCUCCGUCCCCGCCCGUGCUCCGAGUAACACUACAGACUGUAAAGCAGAGUGGCGUCACACGUUGUACAGUUGUACAUGGACUCGGGAUAUUCUCUCCUGAUCUUCUCCGGGGGUGGGGGGACGGAGUUCACACAUGCUCAGUGGCGUCUGUCCACUCCCAUCGUCUCACAUGGUGGAAGGUUUGAUCAGUGAAUAUUGUUGUUUUAUAUGAGAAAACAACGAAGCUGUGUCACUCCACGUUUUCCUUUUUGCUGCACCGUAUUCAUCAUAAUAAAAAAAACAAAAACAGAUCAUUUCUACUGUUAUCGAGCAAACUGUAGCACCAGAUUUGGAAGGUUUGAGGUGGAUUCAUCACAUGGGAGAGUAUUGGACAGGAACAUGGGAACUAGUUCAAACUUGUGACAUACAAGGAAAACACAGGAAGUGGCCGGGGGUGGCGGUGGGAGGUGGGCGGUGGGCGGUGGGCGGUGGGCUCGUGGAGGAAAUUACAAUCAAGCAAACAGCACUUUGAUACUCCCAUGUAUCCUCUCUGUAGAGUUUUUGAUUCAGGCUGCCAAAACUGUCGCAAGAUUUACAGUCACAAGACAUAAACUGUUAUUAUCACGCAUAAUCAAUUUGAUAUGUUUUACUAUUCACAGUCUGGGGUUUAUAUUCUGUGUAAAUGUUAUGAUUUAAGUCUCUUUUUUUGUUUUUAAUAAUGUUAUAUAUCAUUGGCAGAAGUCGUAUGUCACAUUAUGUUAAUACAAUGUCUAUAAUGUACAUCUCUUUAAUUGUCUACAACAUACAAUGGGUUUUUUUUUUGUCUCAUUUAUGUGCACAUAAUGUUUCACUGGAUGGUUUUAUGCUGCGUUCAUGUCAUAUAGAGUUAAAACCAGUCAGUGAUAAACUUUCGAUGCAAAUCUAGUGCACAUUGUGAACUGCUAAAUACAUAGAAAAUAUAUUAUUUCUGCCAGUAGGGAGAAAUUACUGAAACAAACAGACCCAGUGAUGGGUGUGAAGAGUUGCUGCUUUUCUUUGUUUUCUAUGAACUUGAAUAUGUUUAGGUUUCAGACGACACAAGAUACACAAUUUAAAGUUAUAUAAAACAGAAGAAAGCAGCAAAUCGUUGCAUUUGAGAGGCUGUAAAGAAUAUUUGUCCUUUUUGUUUGAAAAAUCACUGAAACAACUAGUUAAUAAAACAGUUGACAGCCUUAUAAUCAAAGAAUCAAUUAUUCCUUUCAUCUCCAGCCAGAAACACGAGACUUUAUCGUCCAUCAGCUAUGACAUGAACGUGGCGUCAUACAUGGAGGCGUGACCCCGACUGGUUUCCAUAAAACAUCGUAGCACAGUCGGCGUCUUCAGUAAGCAGUAAAGGAAAUGGUUGAAUGUUUUGCAGUCGUACUGUCGGGUGGUAGCCAGAGAGAAAUUAACCUUCUGACUUGUAUUUAUGAAGUUAAGGUGCAAUGGAAAAAGAUUUUUUUUUUUUUGUAUUUAAGUAACUUGAUUUCCUUUCCAUGUGUUUCCAUCUGACGGUUUAAACUCGUCUCUGAAUGUUUAAUUUUUGGAAAUGUCCUUGUAUGAAGAUCAAAUGUUUGCCUGGUAAUUAAAUAAAAAUGACUUUGGCAUGA